AUGGGUUUUAUGGUGAAUAAUGGAACUUUAGGAUCCAAGACCACGUUGGUGAAAAAAUCUGAAUUGGAGCUAUAUUCCUAUUAUGAAAUAUGUGAUUUUGAGAAUGAUUGCUGCUCUAUAUUGGAAAAUGGAAGAUUACCUUCUGGGUGGAUAAGGAGAAAUGGGGUGAGCAUCAAAGGACCUCCUCUCUUUGACCACAAUAGAAACAGCUCAGAUCCAGGCAAUUACCAUCCAGUUUCAAACUUAUCAUUUCUGGGUAAGGUGAUUGAGAAAGCAGUAGCUGAGCAGCGCCAGGGUUUCCUGGAUGAUGCAUUGGCAUUAGAUCCAUUCCAGUCUGACUUCCAUCCCAGCUAUGGAAUGGAGACUAUUUUGUUUUACUAUUGGAUUGGUCAAAUAAAUGGGACCCUUACAGUAGGACUCCAGACUCUUCCUGAUGAGCCUUUAAAGACCAUAUGGCAGGAGACAGAAGGAAUAAAAAACCAAUGGCAAAAGGCUGUGAUUACAUUCAACAGUACUCAGGACCCUGAGGUUAAUGCUUUUGAUGGUGGUAAUAAAAGGAUACAGGAUUCAUCUGGCAUUGGUUGGAAGGUUAUCAUUCAAGGACAAAUAUUUGAACCUUGGACUCCAGGUGAAACCAUCGCUAUUGAUGAUCUAUCAGUCACUGGAGAGUGUUUUCUAACAAAAGCCUAUGAAGCUUUACUGUGUGAGGAGCAGCGCUAUGCUCAUAAUGAGACCUGCAUUCCAGAGGGAGAACACUGCCAUAAUGCAUCGAGCAUCUCCUCCAGCGCCACAAAUGGAAGCUUCUGCUGUCAACAGAAAUGCAUGCAAGCCAAUGAGAGCACAUUACAUGCAAGCAUACAACUGAAUGAUUCCUUGUGUCAUUGCUUUGGUGAGAACUGCCAAUUUCGGUUUCGUUAUUUGCUGGUGGAGAGAGGCAUUCUUAAAGCUGUACUUUAUACUGCCAAGGAUGAACCCUUGAUGCUGUGGAAAGCCAGUACACCAACUAAGAAUGAAUGGGUGAAAACCGAAAUACAGCUUCCGGCAGGUGUUGAAAAAGGAAAGCUUGUGUUGGAAGGAACAACCCAAAGCAAGAUGAGCUCUAUCUGUCUGGAUCACUUUGAUUUUAUGGCUCAUAAGAUACCAGAGUUGCCCGUGGUUUGUUCUUCUGAAGAGUUUGCCUGUGCCAAUGGCCAUUGCAUUGAUAACACCUUGGCCUGUGAUUACCAGUUGGACUGCUUGGACGGAAGUGAUGAAAAUUCAGCAGCUUGUGCAAAUUACAGUGUGUGUGACUUUGAGUCUGAGGAGCUAUGUGAAUGGAAGACAUUAAGCAACAACGAUAUACCUUGGGUCGUGAUGGAAGGACAAACUUCCAAGGGUCUCGGUCUUCCUACAAGAGAUCACACUACUAACAGUGAUAAGGGAAAAUUUAUUUAUGUGACAGGCUCACCUACAUACAUGAAGCCUAUCGUUUCUCAUCUCAGCAGUCCAGUUUUUACAGAAUUAUCCAUUGGUGCUGCACAUUGUCAGGUGAGAUUUUGGUAUCAGCUGUCUCAGGAUUCCCAGUUGACCGUCUCCAUUAGAACUCCUCAAAAUUUGGAAACGUUACUUGACUCAAAUUUUUUCAAGAGCAAGAUGCAGUGGACAAAGGCAACUGUACUUAUAAAAAACACCACUGAUGAAAUGGCAGGACCUUUUCAGAUAAUUCUACAAGCCACGGUCGUAUCAGCAAAAGCUGUUGUUGCUAUAGAUGACAUCAGCAUAACAAAGGCAUGUGAGGCAACUAAUCAUUCCCUUUCAAAUAUCUACAUGGAAGCUGCUGCAUGUGACUUUGAAACAGACAGCUGUGGCUGGCUGGAAACAGUCAAUGCUGAUGGAUUUACCUGGGUACGAAGCUCCAGAAGUGACCUACCGCUUCCUUUCCAGAAACAAACUCCACCACGGGAUCACACCCACAACCAUUCUGAAGGUCAUUUUAUGUUCAUUCUGAAAAACAGCAGCAGUAUCUCACAAAUUGCACAACUACAAAGCCCCAAAUUCAGCCAGGCUGGAUCAGGAUGCACCAUGACUUUCUGGUACUACAACUAUGGCCAGUCAGUAGGGGCAGCAGAAAUGCAAUUGCUUGUUGAUGGACUCAAAGAUCCAACAGUCCUCUGGAGGAUAUACUACAAUCAAGGAGAUCAGUGGCUAAAGGCUUUCAUUCAGCUUGGCCGCCUCCCACGGCCUUUUCAAUUAUCUCUAAAUAAAGUCAGCCUUGGAUUUUAUGAUGGUGUCUCAGCAAUUGAUGACAUCAGAUUUGAGGACUGUGCAUUGCCACCUCCAGCAUUAAACUGCGAAAGUGCUGAUUAUUUCUGGUGCCAAGACUCUAAAGCUUGUAUAGACAGUUUAUCAGUAUGUGAUCUUGUUGAUGACUGUGGAGAUGGAUCUGAUGAAGACAACUGCAUGGCUGCGCUGCAGUGCAACUUUGAGUUUGGACUCUGCAACUGGGAACAAGAUACAGAUGAUGACUUUGACUGGACCAGAAACCAAGGCCCGACUCCCACUCUGAACACAGGACCAAUGAAGGAUCAUACUCUGGGCACAGUCAAAGGGCACUACCUGUACUUAGAGUCUUCAGAGCCACAGGUGUUCCAAAACAGAGCAGCUCUGCUGAGCCCCGUCUUUAAUUCUACCUUUGCAGAAAACAACAAAAGCUGCAUUUUUCGCUUCCACUAUCAUAUGUUUGGAAAGCAUAUUUACAGACUGGCCGUUUUCCAGAGAACAGUGAGCAACACAAGGGGACAUCUGCUGUGGCACACGUUUGGUAAUCAAGGGAACAGAUGGAUAAGGACAAUCCUUUACAUUCAGAGUUCAGAGCCAUUUCAGAUUUUGGUGGAAGGUACCGUUGGGGAUGGCUUCACUGGAGACAUUGGAAUUGAUGAUUUGUCUUUUAUGGAUUGUACACUUUACUAUGGAAAUUUAAUGGCUGAUUCCACAACUCCAUUGGGAACAUCCAUUCCUGUAACGCUGCCCAUGAACAACUGUACAGAAGAGGAAUUCAUCUGCAGAGCCACUGGCCAGUGCAUAAAGAUAAUUCAGAGGUGUGAUUUCCAACCCGACUGUUCUGACAAAUCUGAUGAGUCAUCUUGUGCUUCAGAGGUUUGUGACUUUGAUAAUCGAAACUCGUGUGAAUGGUAUCAACCUACAGCCAGAGUGCCAACCAUAUCUGCAGGCCAUAUUGCUAAUAUAUUCCAGUGGGGCCUUGGUAAAGGGGCAACCAUUCAUCCAGGAGAAGAGAAUCACAGACCAUUGGUUGAUCAUUCAAUGGCUACUAAGGAAGGCUGGUAUCUGUAUGCUGACAGUUCGAAUGGAGAAUUUAGACACACAGCUGACCUUAUCACUCCAGUAAUUUCUCUGACUGGGCCCAAGUGCAAGAUGGUGUUUUGGAACUAUAUGAAUGGGACAACAGUAGGUUCAUUGCAGGUGCUCAGCAAAGUGGGAAAUGUGACUUCUGAACUGUGGGCUCAGGGUGGUUCCCAGGGUCCCCAGUGGAACAGAGCUGAAGUGUUUUUAGGAAUCCGUUCUUAUUUUCAGGUUGUCUUGAGGGCCAGACGAGGCAUCAGUUAUGUGGGAGAUGUGACAGUGGAUGAUAUUUCUUUUGAGGACUGUUCUCCCCUGCAGAUCCCUGUCAAACAUUGUACUUCUGAAGAAUUUACUUGUGCCAACAAAUACUGUAUCCCAAAGGAUAAUCUUUGUGAUUUUGUGAAUGACUGUGCAGAUAACUCAGAUGAGAGCCAAAGCAUUUGCA